AUGGUUGUCUUAAAAACGCUAAACAAUGUAUAUGCUAUGGAACUAGUUCCAGAUCCACCCGUGUUGGAAAUGGAUACAAAUCUUUAUGUUUCCCUUAGGAUAAAUUUGGAAAGUAUUAGCUCUUCAGACCUUACAUGGAAAGUUCUGGAAGGGAGCAUGGUACUUAGUGACGACUCAGAGAUAGUGAGAGGCUUGAGACCAAGCUAUAAGCUUAUUUUUUUGGAACCACGUGAAAAUAUGAAAUGCAUUCUUCCCGGUUCGGUUGUAUCCAAGUGUGGUGAAUUCAUGGAAAAUUUCAAUGGUUCAAGUGUUUCAAGAUAUAUGGAAAAUAUAAAGAAUGGAAAGAGAAUGAACCCGAGCUGGGCAGAACGUCAAAGUCUAGCAAGUAAGGCUCGACGAAAUAUAGGAGUGGAUGAGGAACGUAUGGGAAAAAAGCCUGAUGUUAUGAUGUUGGUAGAUUUGGAUUUGACAUGGAAUUUCUCCAGAAUAAUUCCAGAUGUCUUCCAGCUGCACUUAUCACUUAUUAUUGUUUGUUAUAUAUCCAUCUCAAUACAUAACACUGGACAUGGGUAA